UAUCCAGACGUAAACAACAUGGAGUCGUGCGUGCUUCGGUCAUGAGUAAACAUUCCUGGUGAUACAUUGUUUUUUAAAUUGAAACACAUCGAAAGUCUUGACGCCAAGCUUCUAAUCUGGGUCCAGGUGAAGGCACAGCCAUCUGUAAACAUCAGCCACACUGCGCUGUCUGUCAACAUGGCCACAAAGGAAGAGAAGAAGAGUAAGACAGUUGGUGGUGUUGAACUAACAGAGAAACUUGUUCUGUUACGUACCAGAGCACAUGAUCUGGACAGUGUGCGGAAGCUAAAUUGCUGGGCGUCUAAUAUAAGCAACGUCCAAGUGGUUCGUCAGAUGCCAAACCUGGAGGUAUGCAGUCUCAGCAUCAACAAAAUCUCCACGCUUAGAGAUUUUGCUCAUUGUCACAAAUUACAGGAGCUAUAUGUCAGGACCAACCAAAUCACUGAUCUAGGAGAUGUUCAUUACUUGAAAAAUCUACGCAAACUUCGCUCCCUGUGGCUGUCGGAAAACCCUUGUGCAAAUACUGACAACUACAGGAUGACUGUGCUGAGAGCCUUGCCAAAUCUGCAGAAGUUGGAUAAUGUUGCUGUGACAGAGGAGGAACUGGCUCUUGCAGCAGAGGAGGGGGAAGAACUCUCAGUCCCGGACGACUUCUCCAUGUCCAGCGUGUUCACUGAUCCAGGCCUCAGCACUAGCGACAGCCGGGCUGAUCUCGCUUCAGACACACAGAAGUCUACAGACAUGUGGGCACUGCCGAGGAAACGCAGGCCAAGAAAGAGAGACAAGGGGUCUGAGGGCAGGAGUGGGGAUGAAGGAAGCAGCGGGGCAAAGAGUGGUGAGGAAGGGGGUAGUAUCCGUAGCAGUCGUAGCACGGAUGAGAACAAUCUGAGCAGCCCUCGCAGUGAUGGCGGAGAUAAUGAUAAUGAUGAAAGAUCUGCUGGUGUUGCUGUUAAACAAAAAAUGAAAGGGAGAAGAAACAAAGAGGGGAGAAACAGUAAGACGGAAAGUAGUGAUGAUUUCAGUGCAGCCAAACAUGGAGAUGACAUGAAAACAGGCAGCGGAGAGUCCUUGACCCUCAGUGGCAGUCUUACUCACAUCCGAAAAUCUGCGCUGCGUAGAAGAGAUAGUUAUGGGGAAGAAGGAGCGGAUAAUGAUACAGACCAGAAUAAAGAAGUUGAGUCAACAGAGGUUGGUGCAGCCGAUAGUCAAUCAGCAGAUCGUAAAGAAAGUUCUUCUCAAAAUGAUGCCAUUACCAGAAAAAGCUCAAACAAAGCCAGGGAGAGUCUUACAACUGAAAGCGAACUUGAAGAAACAGUUAGUUCAAAUACGAAUGCAAGUGAAUGUACGCAAAGUGUUAGAUUUAGCAAUGAAGAGAACUGUGACAUCAGCAAUAACAACGACGAUGGCUGCAGCAAUGCCAUGGCAGACAGAGGUGAUCAGACGGACAAGUCUGAGGAGAAAUCAUUGCUAGAAAGAAUACAGCUUGAUGAUUCUCUGGAUACGAGGGAGGAGGAGGCAGCAAUGAAAGCAGCUGAGGAAGAAAUCCCCGAGUCUAUAGAUCUGGCUGAACUUGAGGUGGAGAUUUGUCCUACAGCUGGUGGGUCAAGACAGACCGAAAUCAUGGAAAGUGUACUAAAAGACUCAGAAGUAUCAGAGACUGCAGCGGAUGACAUCACAAACUCAUCCAGUCGGAAAACAGUGAUAGUUGAUUCCAUGGCACUACCACAAAAUGGAAAGUUGUCCAGAUUAGGGAUUUCAGGUUCUUCCUCCUCUGUUGCCAAAGAAGAAAGUGCCAAGACGAGUAAGGGUGAAGCAGCAUCGGGCAGUGCAGCUACAGACAAAAAGCCAGCUAUUGACUGGGAGGAAUACAACCGUCUGAGAAAGGAGUUAGGCAUGGGUACGAGAGAGCGACCAGUGAGCAUGAGUAAGUCUGUGAAUGCUGAGACAACGAGAGCCAGGAACUCGAACAUUCUACAGGCAGUUCUCAGUCUACUCAGAGAGCUAGACAAAGACAGCUUGGACAUUGUGGCUUCCGCUGUGCACUCUCGACUUGAGACUCUCUAAGCAAAGAGAGUAAAAGUAAAGUAUAACUCCCCUCUCCUUACCCCAUGUCUUUGCAUACAUUGACGAUCACAGCCAGCUGUUCUCUGUAUUCUUGGACAACAUAGUACCAACCCCACAGUGUCCCCCGCCAUGACCUUGGAUCUGCGUACAAGGUCAAGUCAGUUCUGAAUAGGGGAGUCACGUUUAUUUUUACCUCACUGACCUUUUAUUGGGUCAUCAAACAGAUUCAGCAUAUUUUUAAAAAAACAGAUUAUAUAUGAGAUAAAGUUGCAGCGUUUGAAAUUGAAAGUUUUUUCACCUUAAUUUGAUUUCUCCUUGUUUAGGCACCUUGUGCCUCUCUGUGUGAGGACAAAAACAUCUUUUACUUUUAUAAGCUGCAAUUUUCCCAAUUAUAGAAGUGAGUAUGUAGGUCCUUUUUUAAAAUUAUUAUUUUAAAAAUGUCUGUCUCUUGCAGAGUUUAUUGUAGUUUGAAAGAUUCAUGUCUUGUGACAUAAAUAAGAAUAAGAUAUUCCAAGAUGUAAUAUUUGUGCUGAAGUCAAAUAAUUUACUGCAAUUGCAGUAAUAGUUGUUGGGCUGCAAGUAUGGACAACUAAAUUUAAACAUGGAAUAAUGUUUACUAUCUCCAGUGACUGGGGAGAUGGAGUUCAACAGUCUUCUGCUAUCUUAUGCUCACUCUUGAUUCUCACAAUACAAAUGUUGUAACCUGCCCUGGAAUACUGUGGGUUUUUUGCUGUUACACUAUAAGUCAUAUAGAAACUAUAGCUUGAACCUAGGUGCUGUAAAGUGAAACUAGUAUGUAUGUUCUCAGAUGUGUGUGGGAUUUUUUUAUGCACAAGUUUUCUGGUAUGUAUUUUGUAGUGUGUGUGUGUGUGUGUGUGUGUGUGUGUGCGCUCUAUAAAAUGUGCAUUCUCUGGAACGAAUUUUGAGGUGUGUUCUCUUUUGGAUGUGUUCUUUGUGUUCUACAUGAGGACAUCCUUCACAGCAAUACAGUUUCCUGUACCCUGCAAUUUUAUAUUAGUCUGUGAUGCAGGGAAACAGAUGGGAUACGUACUUAAUAUUUGCUGCCUGUAUUUUUUUUUUAAAUCUUUUUAUUUUACAUUCAUAUUUUUUUCUAAAUUUGAUGGAGGAAGGGGGAGGAGGUGUGUAUAUAAAAGAAUAUGGCUCACAACUGCAAAAAUGAAUAUGCCAGGCUGCUCCUUUUAUUUUGAAACUUUUCGUUAGUAGCAAAAUUUCACAUAAAGACAUUAAACCAGAAUGAGUUUAGACACAUCAAUGGAUAAUGGAAGAAAAGAGACAUAGCUAUAUUGUGCUUUCUUGUUCUUCUGUUGUGUUACUUUGAUGUAGGUGCUUACGUUUAACCCUGUCUCACACACAAUGUCACUGGAAAAUGCAACUGCCUUUUGACCGAAAGUGCUUUGUUCAAAAUAACUGUGAAAAACCCCUGUCUGUAUUUUGUAUAUGCAAGCUCAGUCUUUGAAGGUAUUUUCGACUGAAACAAAACAUGUUCGGUAAUGGUCUGCCAAGUGGUACUAAUAGAGCUGAAAAACAUGAACCCUGUUUUUUUAAUGAGCGAAGAUCCAUAUAAAUUGCUGAGCAGGCAGUGUUUACAUUGUUGAUUUACUCAAGUCAUUAAUGGACAAUAAACGCAUCAGUAGGUUAUCUACCCUUUCAAUACUGACCUGAGACACUCUUGAUAAUGGAAUUUUCACAAGGUACGUAUAUAGCAACUUUUUUAACUCGUUAAGGUUGCUUUGUGAAAUAAGAAUUAGAAAUGAAAAUCUCAGUCUCUCUGUUGUUUGUUUUUUUUUAAACAAAAGUUCUUCUCAAUGUCACUAUUGAUUACAGUAGGCAAUACCCUUCUUUGUUUACCUUUGCACUUUUUCUAAGACUGGUCCCUUUGCAGCGAUGUCGAGCCGUAUGGUUGAAAUACAAAGCAUUUGCCAGUGAUUCCAUUAUUAGCCUGAUGCAGACAUUGCCAUAUUUUUUUGUGUCAGCCAUGACACUUUCCAAAGCUCUCCUGAUUCCUUUAUAGUAGCAUCCAGAAGCAUAAUUGCCUUCACAUUUUGUAAAAGAUUAAACAUUUCAUACCCCACCUAGAGAUUGUGAUAAAGAUGCCCUUUUGAUUUCCUGGAAGGGUAGCUAGUUUAAAAAGAUUUAUUUUUCUAUGUGCGGGGGAAAAGGAAAAGAGAUGAAAUCGGAAGUGGUUUUUUUCUUUAAUAUUUGUCAAUUGAUUGUUGGUAGUAAUUUCUAUUAUAAUUGUUUUUGUAUUUAUAUGUUUAUAAUGGAGGAAUACGGGGAGGGAAGGGUGGUGUUUGUUUUAUAUUUGUGUGUAAAAUGGUAAUUAGCAUUACUUUUUUUAUUAUCCUGUAUGUUUUAAUAUUCAUUUAUAAGGAGUUGGGAAAGGGGGGUGGUAACUAUUACUCAAACAUGUCUUGCCGGUCCUUAAACUUAACAUAUUUUAUCUUUUCCUAUGGCUUCCGUCCACAGUGCUUUAUAAUAGUACGGUAAACAAGUCAGGAAUUUUUUGUAAACUUUCUUUUCGUUUUUGUAAAUUAUGUGUUAUGAUGUACGCUUUUGUAGAAUUAAUUCAGAUUUCGUCAGCAUUCCAUCGUAUUUUGCAAUAUCUAUGAGGAGUGUACAUUUUUUUGUUGUAGCCUACUCAGAAAAAAUAUUCAGUAAUAAAAUGUCUAAAUUUUCUUGACUGAAAGUCAGAACACUAAAUCC